UACCCAGUCCUACCGCAGCUGAUGUCCGGACUUGUAGAUUUCAUAGCGGCUCGGCUUUUGUUAGCGAGCGAGUUGGAGAAGACCAAGAGCCCACACACGAGAGCCGUAUUCAUGCACUUACAGGGGAGAAAAUGAUCAUCUGUGCGAAGAAAAUGGAGUAUCACCUCGGAAAUCAGUGCCAGCUUGUCCAGAAUCAGGUGAUGAAGGUGAACUCUGAGAAGGAACGAGCCUCUCCAUUGUGCAUGAAGGCUCUGGCCAGCAGGGGGCGUCUAGACACAGUAUCCCAGCAAAUGGCCUCCCAUCCGCAGUAUUUGGAGAGCUUCCUGCGCACCCAGCACUACAUCCUGUAUAUGGACGGCCCACUGCCCCAUCACUACCGCCACUACAUAGCCAUCAUGGCUGCAGCUCGGCAUCACUGCAGCUACCUGGUGUCUCUGCACUCGGCGCAGUUCCUGCGGGUGGGGGGAGACCCGUUGUGGCUGCAGGGGUUGGAAGCAGCGCCCCCUCGCCUCCAGCAGCUCGACCACAUCAACAAAGUGUUGGCUCACCAACCGUGGCUCACUGCUCACUCCCACAUCCAGGCUCUGCUGAAGCCGGGCGAGCAGUGCUGGUCGCUAGCCGAGCUGGUCCAGGCCGUGGUGCUGCUGGCCCACUGUCACUCGCUCUGCAGCUUUAUCUUCGGCUCGGCCGCCGAGACGGACACCGCGCCCUCCCAGAGAGUGCCUCACGGAACGCCCCCGGGCUACUGCCUCUGCGACGCUGCCAACGGCAACACAGCCUUACCACCUACAGAACGCACACCACGCAGGAGGUCUCUAGACUCGAGCUGUGAGCUGGCCUGCCUGCGAGAGAGGAUUCAGAAAUCUCAGGAGGAGAAAGAAAGAAAAGGAGACCCAGUCCUACAGUCACACACACUUCUGCAUAUAGAUGCAGAAGAGGAGGAAGAGGAGAUGAUGUUUUUGACAGACCCCUCCCGCUUCGUCACAGACCCUGAUUUCGGCUACCAGGAAUUCGCCCGACAGGAGGAGGACCAUUUCCAAGUAUUCCGGGUGCAGGACUAUUCGUGGGAAGAUCACGGAUUCUCGUUAGUAAACCGGCUCUAUUCAGACAUCGGGCAUCUGCUGGACGACCGGUUCCGGAGUGUGGCUUCUCUCCCUUCCCCCCAUGACCCCGAUCUAAAAAGAGCCAUCUGGAACUACAUCCAUUGCAUCUAUGGAAUUAGAUACGAUGAUUAUGACUAUGGAGAAGUGAACCAUCUACUGGAGCGUGGACUGAAGCUUUAUAUUAAGGCAGUGGCCUGCUACCCAGACUCUACCAAGAACCCUCUGUGCCCACAUCCCUUGUCGCCUCUCAAAGCAUCAGAGAAGGUCCAUGUGAACCUGUUAGUGAUGGAAGCUCGGCUUCAGGCUGAGCUGCUCUAUGCUCUUAGAGCCAUCACUCAGUACAUGAUCGCCUAGGACACAGACACUCGCUCCGAGAGCGGGAGAGGGAAGGAGUUGCACAAUCACUGAGGGUACAGAAGAGUGCUAACCCGAAGGCAAGGAGAGGAAAUGGAAAAGGACAUUGGAAACUCAACGAGAGAGAGCCAAACAGAGACUUAUGAAGAGCAAUAUCUCUCCGUAUCCAUAUCUCACGUGUUCCUUUUUUUAUUCAAAGGUUACUGAAGUGUGACUUAAGAUACUGCUGUGAAAAGUCUUCAAGGUGACUUGAAGGUUGAAAACAAUCUUUUACCCCCCCCCCAUCAUUUCUAUCUCCAUCUCUAUUUCUUUUUCUGCAUGUUCCUCUUUUUUCAUUACGUUCUUUUACUUUAACUCCUUGUUUGUUCAUUUUUGUGUGUUUGUUUGUAAGUUGGAGGGUUGAGGGGGGCAUACGUGAGUGUGUGUUUCUGUGUGUAUUUUUUUUUAUUUAAUUUUUCCUCCAUUUUCUACUUUUUUCAGUUUGAAUAUCCAUCUCCCAGAUGAUGGUUAAUGUGCAAUUACCUUUAUUCUAUUGUUACUGUUACUGUUAUUGUUGUGGUUGUUGUUCGUGUUCAUGUUAUUGUCUAUGAUAUUUUUAUGGUUGUUUUUUUUGCUGUUGCUUCUCUGUUAACUGGCAGACGGGAGAGGAAGAAGAGAGAGGACGUGUACGUUUCAGUUCUAGAGUAUUGAAUGUUGAGGCUGAGAUGACGACAGACAGCUUUGACCUCUCCCAGAAGCAGAGUCAGUGUUUACUGAGGCUGAGCGAACAGACAGACGUUGAUGAAUGUUCAGCGCAGCAGGUUCUGAAUGCUUCGUUUGGAUUUCCGUUCAGAACAAGACAUAAAGCCAGACAAUAUAGAGGUGUGGUUACACAACUAGAACUUUUGUUUUAAUAGCACUUUUAACGAAAACGAUACAUUUAGGUACAAACUUCUACAGCAAGAUAAAAAAAUACAAAAAAAAUAGAUCUUUAAGUCUCACUCCCAGUGACUGUAUAUAAGCAUGGAUGCUGCAGUUCUAAUCACUUUUGUUCUAUAGUUCUAUAGUUGUUCUAUAAGCCAAAAAUGUCUGCAAUGUCAAAUUUGCAACCAAAGUCUAGAGGCUAGAGGUGGAGCCAGACAAAUCCACAAUGAAAAUAGAAUCGCAUAUCAAAGCAAUUAUACCCUUUUAAAGAAAAUACAUUUUAAUUUGUAACUAAUCAUCACUGUGUGUAUAGAGUCACAGUUAUUAAAGCAUUAGUCAUUUUUGUAUAAAAAAAUUUUGUCCAAAAUAAUGUUCACUGUUAUAUACAGUUCUGGCAAAAACCACUUCAGAGACCACUUCAGUUUCUGAAUCGUUUCUCUGAUGUUGUUAUUUUUAGGUUUAUGUUUGAGAAAAAUGAACAUUUUAGUUUUAUUCUAUAAACUACAGACAACAUUUCUCCCUAAUUCCAAAUAAAAAUAUUGUCAUUUAGAACAUUUAUUAGCAGAAAAUGAGAAAUUGCUAAAAUAACAAAAAGAUGCAGAACUUUCAGACCUCAAAUAAUGCAAAGAAAACAAGUUCAUAUUCAUAAAGUUUUAAGAGUUCAGAAAUCAAUAUUUGGUGGAAUAACCCUGGUUUUUAAUAACAGUUUUCAUGCAUCUUGCCACGUUUCCCCCUCACCAGUCUUACACACUGCUUUUGGAUAACUUUAUGCUUGGUUUGUUGGCUUGUGAGCAUCCAUCUUCCUCUUAAUUUGUAUUCCAGCGGUUUUCAAUUCAAAUCAAGUCAAUAAUGUAAUUAUUGCGUAAUUAGAAAGCUAGUUAACUAAUUAACUAAUUAGAUCACAUUAUUUAAUUUAUUCUGACAUUAUUUAGACUUACCAAAAAAUCAUCAGCGAUCAAUGAUAGUAUGUUUAACUAGCUAAUAGCCUGACAGCUCAACUACAGCUCAACUACUCCAUCUAAUGCAGAUGGUCUGUUCCAACUAGGACUGUCUAUCAAUCACUUCUCACCCCAAAGUGAAACCCCGCCUUCUUACGAUAUUGCAGAAUAACAAAAAUAUAUAUAUUUCAAUAUUAGCACAGAGAAAACACAAAUGUUGGAAAUUUCGGGACACUGGACAUGAAAAGAUAGUUUUGAUGAGAUAAAUGUGAUAAAAAAUGGAAAGGGCUGUUUUGUCAUUGAAACAUAUGGGAUGGGCGGAGCUACACGUAAUACUGCAACCAGCCAGCAGAGGCACUAGACCUACCUGUCUGUGGUGGCUUCACUUUAAAAGCUGUUGAGUCCAUGCUUAUAUCCAGUCACUGCUUUCUCCUAUUUUAAAAUUUGCUAGUUGUACUGCUGGAUUUUCACCCAGCAUUAAUAUGGAUAAGGGUGAAGAGACAUCAAAUCUGAUCAAAACUAAAUAUUUUAGCAGUUUCAAGUUUUACUUAUAGAACUAAAUAAAAAACAGCAGCAAAAAAGUAUGUUGAAAUCCACUCCUCUACUGUGAAUGACGGUGGAGUUUAGAAUAAGCUUAAGUGUAAUGGUUUUAACAGUAGUUGAAACAUUUCUAGUGUAUGUCAAAUGAAGGAAUUUCAGUUCUGAACGAAUCUGCAAAACAGUUUGCUGAUACUUCGCCAUCUGUGAUACUUUUUUUUAAAAAUGUGGUCGAUGAGGUCCAAGGUCAGCCUGCCACAAUGCUUCCUGUAAUUGACCUGCACAAAUUGUUUCCUUGCACUGGACUUUUGCACAAAAAAAAACCCCGUAAGUGACCUGCAAUUGCCUCUGAGCAGCUGUAACUGGUACCUGUUAUUGGAACAAAUGACCUGACAAGGCCUGGAUUCACUGGUACCAAACACCACACUGAUGCCAUAGAUCCUUCUAGAAAAAUGAUGUUUAUGUUGUGCUUGUGCUUGUGGAGAAAAAAAAAAAAAAAGAAAGGCCAAACUCGGUAGUUUGCUGAGUAAAACCAUGAUAGUAUUGAAUUGAGUUACAGUUUUCUGAUGCUGUACAGGUACAGGUGGCAAAGACACAUGGGUACCCACAUGGAUAUUGUGUAGGGUUUUUUUUUUCUUUCUUUCUUUCUUUUUUCCCACCAUUUUUUAUUUUAUAUUUACAUGUCACAUUGCAUUACUGUACUGUGUCACUAGAGUUAUGUGUUUUGAUAUGGCUUUUGGCAUGGACAUCUCUAAAGAAUUAAGACAAUACCCCAGUUAAUCCUGACUCACAACUUACACAGGUGUGGGCGUUCCGUAAACAUUAUUCGAGGUAACAAUUUGUGAUCAAUCUGCAUACUGCUAUCCCAUGACUUUUGUCAUGUCAGAGUACAGUAACAGUCUUUAGGAAGAGGUUUGAGAAAUGUAGGUCCAGUUGUUGUGAAAAUUUAAUGGGAACUUACCGGUGUGUUAAAAAAUGUUAAACAAAAUUGGAUUAAAAUAUCACUUGUUUUAUACCACAAAAUUAAGUAUAUUUAGGGAAAAAAAAGAACACUCCAUGUAAGAAACUAUUAUUAGAUCCUGGAUAACAUAUAUGCACAGUUCUAAUUAACUAAAUAAAUAAUAAUUAAUUGUUAAUUAUUAACAUAUUGUACUUUUAUUAUAUGUAAUAUUCAGAAACAUCAACAUACCUAACAUAAGACUGACACUUUUUAUUCCUAAUACUCCUUUUUUGUGCAUUUAAGAAACAAAAAAUUGAAACAAGACGCCAAUGUAUCACAAUCUUUUUUUUUUUUUUUGGGGGGGGGGGAAUUAUUAUAUCAGAUGUUAGUACAAAAUUAGUUAGUACACUUGGUUUUUUGUGUACUGAACUGCCAAACCCCGCACUAGAUAGAUAGAUAGGUUUAAAUGUCAGGAUAUAAUGUAUAGUGUAUAUUCUAGGGGUGGGAAUCACAGGGCAUCUCACGAUACGAUAUUAUCACCAUACGUUGCCCACGGUUACAACAUGAUUCUGAUAUUCAAUAUUUUACCACACAAUUAUUUACGCUACUUCACGGCAUCUGUUUUACUGAAGAGGAUAAAAUACUGGUUUAUUGGUUUAUUGCUUUUGGUUUCACAGAAUUUAACACACAAAAUUCCAAAAUUCUUCACCACAGGUUUACCUUAAUUAUUUGAUUAGUGCCACCAUGCGGAGUAAUGAAGCAGUAACUUUACACUAAGUCUAAUUGGGGUGUGAGUCUUAGAGGAAUCUUAUGUUUUAAUAAAAAAAUAUUUAUAUUUGUUACCACAUAUCAAAACGAUGCGAUAUAUCACGGUAUCAGUAUAUUGUCCCACCCCUGGUAUAUACUGAACCUUUAUAGUAUUUGUGUGUAGUAUGCAAUUGGGAUGCAGCCAUAGCCAGUGACUGUUCUCUUUGUUUUUUGUUUAGUUUUUUUCUGAAUCUCAAUAGCUGUACAUGUUGUUGUUCUUUUAUUUUUUGUUUGUUUUAUUUUGUUGUUUUCUUUCCUUUUAUUCGAGUACAGCAACGUUUGACUGUUGGAACUAAAAAGUGCAUAUCAGAGGAACACAAGAACCAAUGGAUGUAUUUUAGGAUGUGCUUACAAAAAACUAAAAAAAAAAAAAAACUUUUGGGCUGACAACCUGGACUCAGACUCGAGUUCCAGGCUUAGAACUUUUUUGUUUGUUUGUUUGUUUCAUCCAUUAACUGACUGUGUUCUUCAGUCCAGGAUUAUGUGAUUCUUGAUGCGUUGAUUGCAUUGAUCGUAUUGAUCACAGAGAGCCACAGACGGGACUAAACAAGCGCGGUGCCUUCAGCAGAUAUCUAAAUAUACAUAUAUAUAUCAGUCAGAAUAACUUGGACUGGUGCUGUGGCUGGAGGACUAGUGAAGUACUACUGAAGCAGUGGACUGGUUGUCUGAACUGCACUGCUUCUGUUCUCACAAAUCAUACCCAACAAAACAAGAACAAACUGUUUGAAUUACCGGAUCAUGCUGCUUCGCCCAUCAGCAGCCGGAGUCCGAAAGAGCACAGUAAGCUAUGCCCUCUCUGGGUGGGUGGAUGGCACUCUCUCUCCUCUCCCCUGUCACUCCUAUUAUGUUGGUCAGCACAGGCAUCUGUUAGCUUGUGUAUCAGAGCUGGGGAUCCGGCACUUUCCUCCAGUCACGCUGACUACCCAGUCAUGCUGCAGUGGAAAAAAAAAAGAGGCGGAGUCUGACUUCACAUGUAUCGAAGGAGGCAUGUGCUGGUGGUAUUCACUCUCCUAGUGUUGGUGGUAGUACAUCAACAACACUGACCACCUCCACCUGUCAGCGCUGUCCAGCUGCUGUUCUACAUCUCGCAUUGUGCUGCAGUUUGCCUGUUUUACCUUCAGCAUGUUCUGAUUUGUCACUUCCUGAUUGCCUUGUGUGACAUCAAAAAGAGCAGCAGUGGACUCUUAUCCUCGUCUGUUUUAUUUGUUUUUGUUUGUUCUGUUUUUGUGGGCGGGGCUUUCUUUGUGAACCUUCCACUCCGAUGGAAGAACUAAAGGACUUGUGCCACAGUGAUGGACACUGAACAGACUGAAAAGACUGAAAUGACUGAAAGACUGUAAGAGCAUGGCUUCUGCCAAGUCGUAGGGAUUCUACUGAAACGAACCAACAAAAAAAACUUAAAACAUGGAAAAGCAAACAAAAAAGCAAAAAAAUAUUUUGUUUCCCCUGAAGUAUGAACCUAUUUUUUCUAUAAAGAUGAGCUAUACCA